AUGCCUCCGGACGAGAAUGUGGCCGGCCGGCGCCGCAGUCGUCGAAAGGCGGAAGACAGUGUUAGUCGGGAUGAGACGAUGUUCCGCGCAGGUCCGCAGGAGGAGGUGGCUGUUAUUGUUGCAACCGCCGAGAGCAUGAGAGGUCAGCACUCCCUCCCCGGUAGCGUCGCCUGUCCUAACGCGUGCACUGAAGUCAUUGAGGACUACCGACCUGUCCAAAUUCGACACAGUCGCCAAGACAGCAUGUAUUUCCUCUCAGAAUUUAUUCUUUGUCUCAUUGGAGCCAGUCAUUGGGCGCUGCUUAGUUGCUGA